AAAUGUUGCACGUGUCCACGUCUUUUUCACGUCCUGGACGAUUUUCGCCAAUAAAUGAAUUUUCUCACUUUUCGGAAUCAUCACCAACUAUCACAUCAAGCCCUCAGGUCAAUGGAUCCUCCUUCUAAUACUCUAAUUAUCCGCAAUCUAUCAAAUAAAAGCGACCCGAAAAUGGUGAAACACCAAUUUGAGGUUCAUGGUCCGGUAGACCAGUUUGAUGAAUUGAUAAGCAGGAGGGGGGUGGUUUUUGUAACCUAUUAUGAUAGCGGUGCUGCCCAAACUGCUUUUCGAAAGAUGAGAGGGUCAGUAAUUGAUGGCAGUAUCAUUAAUGUUCAAUUUGAACCCUUGAGCUUGGCAUCUGGAGAAUCUCAACCCAGUCUACUCGCUCAGGGUCAUCCUGGAGUAUUAAGAGCAAGCUCUCAGCAAGCUCCGCAAACAGAACGUGCCAUUGAACAGCUGCCGAAAACUGAAGAUAUUGCAUUCAAGCUAAUUGGGAACGAGGGAGGACUACUGGCGGGGAAUCUUGAUUAUUCAUCUUUCUCGGUCCGAGCAGAUCGCCCGGCGGCAGAAGAUCGUCUUCAGGAAGCUCUAUACCCAUCAGCUUGGGUUCGAACACUGAACACAAGCUCGCAAAAGAAAGGGGAAUAAAGCCUUGUCUCGAUAUAGCCCAGGGUUCCUCGCUUCCAGUUUCGGUCGAUCUCCUACAACGGGUCAAACCAUGGCUUCCGACCCCUUUGUCGGA